AAAGACAGGGGAAAGGAGGAAACAGGAAAGCAGGUGCACCAAGGGAGCUAGCUAGUCGGCACUAAUAAGUUUACUACUAAAGCUACACUACAAACUUCAAAACGAGUCCAAGUAGAAAACAAUACCAACCCAUUACUUACACACAUACACCCUCCAGCCAAUCAGCCACCAUCUUUGAAUUGUCAAUCCCUUCAUUUCUCCCUUCUCCCCUCUCUCUCCCUCCCUUGCACGCCGUCGAGAUCACCGUUGUCAACUUCACUCCUGCUCAACUUUCUACUACUACUUUCAUCCUCUCUGAAAAAAGCACCUCACUGGAUGAAGAAGAGGCUAUUUCUGGUGGAUUUGUGAUUGUUUCAUGGGCAAUACAUGCCGUGGAUCUUUUGGAGUAAAACAAUACCAGGAAGGGGGCUUAAUUCCCCCUCAAGAACAUUCUAGCUCCAAGGGCAGCAGCAACAACAACUCCAACAACUCAACUACCACUAUAACACCUCAAGAAUUUGUGAAGGAGAACAACCAUUCCCCAAUUCCUGACAAUAAUCACAAGGACCAUAUUCUAGCGCUUGUUAGCCCUAAAAAGGAUAACACUAUGAAUCGUACCGGCAACAGCCAGUCUCAUUAUGUCUUGGGUCACAUCACACCUAAUAUUCGUGAUCUUUACACUCUGGGACGUAAAUUAGGACAAGGCCAAUUCGGCACUACUUAUUUAUGCACGGAGAAUACCACGGGAACUGAAUAUGCAUGCAAAUCUAUCUCCAAAAGGAAGCUCAUAUCUAGAGAAGAUGUGGAGGAUGUUAGGAGGGAGAUUCAGAUAAUGCACCACCUUGCUGGUCACAGCAAUAUUGUCACCAUUAAGGGUGCCUAUGAGGACCAUCUGUAUGUCCAUAUUGUCAUGGAGCUCUGUAAUGGGGGUGAGCUGUUUGAUAGGAUUAUUCAGAGGGGACACUAUAGUGAGAGAAAGGCGGCUGAAUUAACAAAGAUUAUUGUAGGCGUGGUUGAGUCAUGUCAUUCACUUGGGGUUAUGCAUAGAGAUCUAAAACCCGAGAACUUUUUGUUAGUUAACAAGGAUGAUGAUUUCUCUCUCAAAGCAAUUGAUUUUGGACUUUCAGUUUUUUUCAAGCCAGGUCAGAUUUUCAGUGAUGUGGUUGGAAGCCCAUAUUAUGUUGCUCCCGAGGUUCUUUUGAAGCACUAUGGUCCAGAAGCAGAUGUAUGGACAGCAGGGGUUAUACUAUAUAUACUGCUAAGUGGUGUGCCUCCUUUCUGGGCAGAAACCCAGCAGGGGAUAUUUGAUGCAGUUUUGAAAGGAACCAUUGAUUUUGAUUCAGAUCCUUGGCCUGUGAUUUCUGAUAGUGCGAAGGAUCUCAUCACAAAGAUGUUAUGCUCACGGCCUUCUGAUCGCUUGACUGCUCAUGAAGUCUUAUGUCAUCCUUGGAUUUGCGAAAAUGGAGUGGCACCUGAUAGAUCCCUGGAUCCAGCUGUACUAUCUCGACUCAAACAAUUCUCUGCGAUGAAUAAGUUGAAGAAGAUGGCUUUACGGGUUAUAGCUGAAAGUUUAUCAGAGGAGGAAAUUGCUGGUUUGAAAGAAAUGUUCAAAACUAUGGAUACUGAUAACAGUGGUGCGAUCACAUUUGAUGAACUCAAGGCUGGUUUAAGAAAAUAUGGUUCAACCUUGAAGGAUACAGAGAUACGUGACCUUAUGGACGCUGCUGAUGUAGAUAAUAGCGGGACUAUAGACUAUGGAGAAUUUGUAGCAGCAACACUUCAUUUGAACAAACUUGAACGCGAGGAACAUCUCGUGGCUGCAUUUAAGUAUUUUGACAAAGAUAGCAGUGGCUAUAUUACAGUUGAUGAACUCCAGCAAGCUUGGGCAGAACAUAACAUGACUGAUGUAUUCCUUGAAGAUAUUAUUAAAGAAGUUGAUCAAGAUAACGAUGGGAGGAUUGAUUAUGGUGAAUUUGUUGCUAUGAUGCAAAAGGACAAUGCAGGAAUCGGAAGACGAACCAUGCGAAACAGCCUGAAUAUAAGCAUGAGAGAUGUAGAUGUACGCGGAGCUCUAUAGCUGAUAUGAUAUGCAUCUGUUGUACAGCAAGGAUAUUUUGGAGGUUCCACGGCAAAGUUGAGAGAUUUCCGGUGCUUCCAUCUACUUGAUGCAUCUUUGUGUAGAUUUUUGAGAACUUCAAAUUUAUUUAUGUGUAACUUGAAGACAUGUUGAAUGUUGAGAGUUUCUUAAAUUAUAUAGCUGCUGUUGGAAGCAGAUGUUUCCACUUUAGUUGUAGUGAAUGCAGAAGUUUCGAUGCUUGCUGUAAGUUGUGUUUAAUUCUUAAUGUUGUAUUUUAUUAUUAAAUAUUUACAAGCUUAUGAUCA